AUGCGUGGAAGACUCCGUGAAUUGGUCCAUAUUCGAGAGAGAAGGGAACACAGAGUUGAGAAGUUGCUGGCUGGAGAGCCAUCCAACAGUCAACCGAAGAUUUCCCGCAUCAAAGUAUUUGGUAAGGCGAAGCUGGCAGCUCUCUCCAGGUGGCCUUCCAGCAGUCCGUUCUCCAAAUUGCCUGUACACCACGCGACAAUUCAGCAGACGACCGAAUUGCCCAACGACAUUUUUUAUCCUUUCCACGCCGGCACGCACGCAACCAUCAAUCAAUUGAUCUUAGCUCUUUUUUAA